CUGAUUCGACCCCUCAAACUCUGCGCUCUUGCGUGGCGGGUCGCUCUAAGAGUGCGGGGCCGGCGCAAAGGACGUCCAUCGAGUUGGACGGCGGGAUGUGCUGUCAUCCAGAGCGUCACCGACUCGCUGCGAUUCAAAUCUCGGGUCGUGCACGGUGGGCACUCUGUGCUGUUGCUGCCCGAUCGAUCCCGAUCGAUCCCGAUCGGUCGAUUCUGCUUCCCCUCGCUGAUUCUCCCGGGAACCGUUCCUCACAAGCCAGCCUCCUCCCGUCGUCUUGGUCGCUGCAGAUGGACCAGGACACAGACAUCACCAACGUCUACUCGCUGGAGCUGACGCCCACCACAUCCCUCAGCUUGCACGAAGACUCGUCGACAGGCGAGUCUGGAACCACCGUAUGGGUGGGCGGCAUCAAGCUGGCAUGGCAUCUGGGCCACGAACAGUCUCGAGGAAAGCUGUCCCUGGCCGGCAAGCGCUGCAUCGAUCUGGGCUCUGGAACAGGGGUCUUGGGACUCGCGGCCUCGAAUCUAGGUGCUGGUGAAGUGGUACUUUCGGAUAUCCAGUCUGUCCUGGACCGGGGGCUGCUGCAGCGAAAUCUCGAGGCCAAUAUUCCACACCAAAAAGCCAACGUCCGCAUCGAGCGUCUGCAUUGGGAUGAUCAGGACGAUAUCCGACGGCUGUGUCCUCCUGCCUUUGACGUCAUUCUCGGCAGUGACGUCGUCUACAACUAUGCUGCCGCAGAGCCCCUGGCCAAGACAAUCGACGCCCUCUCCCAGCAGGGCACUGUCGUCUGGAUUGCAUACGAGCGCCGCGAUCCUCUCGUGGCCGAUCGAUUUCUGUCGCUCAUGAAAGGUUUUGGAUUCGACUCCAAGAAGGUGAUGACCAGGUCGAAGCGUACGAUCGAUCCUGUCCCUGCUGCACAGUCAUCUCAGCCCUCCAAGACAGCAUCACAGAACGAUAACGGUGCCAGCGACGGCGAGGACAACGACGACAGCGGCGAGCCCGAUGAGCACGAAGGCAAUCUAGCCGACGGAUACAAAAUGGUGGAGAUCUGGCGAUUCAAGAAGCGCCAUCGCCGGGCUGGCUCUGGAAGGUAGCCGAGGCAAUGU